AUGAGCAGACGGUCCAGAAACACCAAGCCGUCCAUUUCGGAUGACGAAGAUGACGGGUUCAAUAGUCAGGAAUCCGAUAAAGAUGAACUCGAAGGCUCAGACUCCAUUCCCUCCGACAACGAUAAGGACCAGGACGACUAUCUUGAGGACGACGAAGACAAUGAAGACGAUGACGAAAUACGCACAUCUCGUCGCAGGAAGGCAAGCCGGGCCCGGGCCUUGAACGAUGAGUUUACCAGAAAACUCACUGAGAAAAGGUUCAUUGCCAGUGACGAGGAUGUGUCAGACGACUACGAGUAUGGCCAGGAACCUGUGAAGAAGAAGAAGAGAUCAAGGUCUCGUUCGGUUGAGCCGGUGUUUUUACCUAAAAGAGGCAGGUUGAGAAGCACUCGAAACUCAGAAGCGGUUGGAGCUGCUGAAGAAGCCGAAGCAGGAGCCGAGGAUGGUAAAGAAGAGUCAGAAGAAGAGGUAGAAGACGAUAUAAAGAAGGAGCUUGCGGCAUUAUACGACUCAUCUCCAGAGCCCGAGCUCAAACACAAAUUGAGAGAAAGAGCUCCGGUGGACUAUGCUAUUCCUCCUCCCAUCACAAAUGACGCCCAGCUCGAAGCCGGUGCACCCAUAACUCCCUCUUUUACCAAAGGAAGAAGAGGACGCCCUUCAACCAACAAGAGCGAAUAUAGAAACUUGUUGUUUCCCACUGCCGGUCCGUUUGGCGGAAGUGAUGUGAUUUCGGUGUUUGGAACCAACAUUCCUCCCGGAGGAAUCCCCAUUCCAGGAAUGAGUGCAACCAACAACAACAUGACUGCCAUUGGCCAAGCUCUCAGUGACUCUGACUCUUCGGAUGAUGAGAUUGCUCCAAUAAAUGGUGAAGCCACCAUUACCAAGAAGCAGCCAAAGGACAACUUCCUCAACCACACUAAGUUGAUUGGUACAUCCACGGCGAAGCACCAAAAUAAGAAGAAGAAUAAUCUCAGCGAUACAGACCCCUUGGGAGUUGACAUGAACAUUGACUUUUCAGCAGUCGGAGGUUUGGAUGAAUAUAUCAACCAAUUGAAGGAAAUGGUGGCCUUACCUCUACUCUACCCUGAACUAUACCAAAACUUUGCCAUCACUCCACCCAGAGGUGUUCUUUUCCAUGGCCCCCCCGGUACUGGUAAGACAUUGAUGGCCAGAGCUUUGGCGGCUAGUUUCUCUACAUCCACCCGAAAAAUCACGUUCUUCAUGAGAAAAGGUGCUGACUGCUUGAGUAAGUGGGUAGGUGAAGCCGAAAGACAGUUGCGAUUAUUAUUCGAAGAAGCCAAAAACCAACAGCCUUCUAUCAUUUUCUUCGAUGAGAUCGAUGGGUUGGCCCCAGUAAGAUCCUCUAAGCAGGAGCAAAUCCAUGCGUCUAUCGUGUCAACAUUGUUGGCUUUGAUGGAUGGUAUGGAUAAUAGAGGUCAAGUUAUUGUCAUUGGAGCCACUAAUAGACCUGAUGCCAUUGAUCCAGCUUUGAGGAGACCUGGUAGGUUUGAUAGAGAGUUCUAUUUCCCAUUGCCAGAUACGAACGCUCGAUCCCAGAUUUUGAAGAUUCACACCAAGAAAUGGAGCCCACCAUUAGGAGACGAGUUCUUAGGUAAAAUAGCUGAUUUGACCAAAGGUUAUGGAGGUGCUGACUUAAGGGCUUUGUGUACUGAAGCUGCUUUGAAUUCUAUCCAAAGAAAAUAUCCACAAAUCUACCAGUCAAACCAAAAGUUGGAAGUGGUUCCUUCGAAAGUAAAGGUGAUUGCUAAAGACUUCAUGAAUGCCAUGGAGAAGAUUGUACCUUCUAGUGCUAGGUCGACUUCUUCUGGUUCUGCUCCCUUGCCUCAACACUUGAAAUGUCUCUUGGAGCCUCAAUAUAAUGAGAUUAUUUUGAAGUUGAACAACUUGCUACCAAACUCAAUUCACUUGAAAGGUGAAAAGAAAAAGACUCAGCUUGAGGAUGCUUUGUAUCUUGAUCCAACAAUUCAUGAUGAAGAUGGAGGGUUUGCAAGACAAGAGUUCUUGAAGAAUUUGGAGAAUUCCAGAAUCUGUAAGCCUAGUUUAUUGAUAUCGGGUGAAAGUGGCUCUGGACAGCAAUAUAUUGGUGCUGCUCUCUUGAAUCAUCUAGAGGGAUUCCAGGUUCAAUCCUUGGAUAUCGGAGCCAUUUUCUCGGAUUCUACUAGAACCCCAGAACUGGCUAUUAUCCAGACGUUCAUUGAAGCGAGAAGACACCAACCGUCGGUGAUUUUCAUCCCCAAUAUUGAUAUCUGGUAUCAUAUUGUUCCUCCCACUGCAAAGGCUACUUUGAGUAGUCUAUUGAAGUCUUUGAAAAGCAAUGAGAAGAUUUUGUUAUUGGGAAUCAGUGAGUCUUCCCAAGAAGCCUUAGACUACGAAGUGAAACUUCUCUUUGCUUCUACAAACGAAACCAACAGUGUGACUUUACACAAUCCUGAUGUUGGCCAACGAAGACAGUUUUUCGGAACUUUGAAGAAGACGUUGUUGAUGAAACCUUAUGAGUUUGUCAACGAUUUUGAGAACAGACCAAAGAGGAAAUUGAAGCAGUUGAAAGUGGUGGAAGAAGUUGUUGUUGUAGACAAGGACUCGGAGAAGAAGAAGCUAAAGGCGCAAGAGUAUCAGGAUACUAAGUUGAAGAACACAUUGAAGAUCAAGUUGGCCAGCUUAAUGGACUUGUUCAAGGUGCGAUACAAAAGAUUCAAGAAGCCGAUUAUAGAUGAGAAUCUAUUGAGCCAUAUCUUCUACCCCGAAAUUUUGCUGAAUCCCCUUAACGUCUAUGAAGUUCUCUACGAGAAGGCUGCCGAUGAUGAACAUAAAGAUAUGAUCAAAGAGUUGGCUACCGGAAAAUAUUACCAUAAUAUCGACUUGGAUAUUAUCGAAGAACGACUCUGGAACGGAUACUAUUCGGAACCUCGUCAAUUCUUGAAAGACAUCAAGAUGAUUGUUCUGGAUUCCAUAAUGUCUGGAGAUAGAGAAAGAAUUUUGAAGGCCAACGAGAUGUUGACGAAUGCCCAGUUUGGUAUUGAUGAUAUUGGCACCCCCGAGUUCUUACUGGCUUGUAAAGAGAUGAGAAAGAGAGAGUUGGUUAAACAAGCCCAGGUCGUAGCUGAUUACCAGAAGUUGCAAGAGGCAGCCCAGAAGCAGCAAGAAGCGAACGGGCUGCUUCAAAAUGGUAAUGCCGUGAACGGUGAGCCAGAGGAGAUAUCUGUUGAAACACAAGAUGACCAGGAACCCGUGGUGGCUACAGAUGUAAAAAUAGUUGCAGACGUCGAACAAGAAACUGCAAUUGAACCACGAAAAGAGCAAACGGCUGUAGCUAAACCACCAAUCCCCGGGUCAGACUCCGAAUCCGAAGCAGAAGACUCACCCAUUGAUAUCUCCCGGCAGCUCGUUCUCGGUGGAGACCACGAGGAGUUCUUCUCCAACCGCAUCAUCGAAAUCACCAGCAAUUGCAACAUCGAACGACUCGAAAUCGUCAUGGCCCGUCUCAUGGAUAUCAUCUGGACCGAUCGAAAUCAAUGGGACAAGACUCAAACCAUCAAAAACCUCUACAAUGCCGCCGACUCCAUCGAAGCCGAAAUCUCCUGAACGUGGUUUAUGUAUUUUUGAGUAUUUUUACAAACAUGAUAAUAUACAAGGUUUUCUUUUUAAGUGUCUAAUCUUCAGCACUGCCGUCUCUGGGUCUAUAGUUGACAUUCUGCUCCAACAAGUCACUAACUAUAUGAGGCGGAAGCUUCCCGUUGAUCUUGACGGCGUAGAGGGCCGGCACGAACGAGUCUAUUCUCAACCAUCUGGCGACCCAUGACUGUUUGUUGUCGUCUCCCAAAGCCACCAAACCUUCAAACGAUGGCGAUGUGCAAUCCUGGAUCUGGUUGUCGUCAUUGUCUUGAUAGUGCAACACACUCUCACAGUUGGGGCACCCUUCAUCGACGAACUUUCUGUAUGUCUGGAUGAUUCCACACAACAUGCACGCUCUGUCAGAUCUAGAUGACAUGAUGGAGGUUGGAGUUGGUCAAAGUUUUCAAAAUUUCG